UCCCCGCUGACGCCGCCGGGUAUUUUGGCCGCGGGGACAGAGGGUAAAAAUAACUGUCCGGGAACGGCCCCAGCGCCCGGAGGGACCCGGCCUCGGGGGGUCCCACUGCCGGGGGGUCCCGCUGCCGGGGGGUCCCGCUGCCGGGGGGUCCCGCUGCCGGGGGGUCCCACCGCUCGGGGGCACCCAGGCCUCCGGGGAGCCAGGCCCGGGACACGCCCGCGCGGGGAGGGGGGGGCCAGGGCCGCCAUGGCCCCCGGCGCAGAGCCCCCGCAGGAGCGCGACCGGUUCCACUACGACUACGACUCCCUGCGCGUCGGUGGCCUCAUCUUCGCCGGCGCGCUCUUCCUCCUGGGGAUCCUCCUCAUCCUCAGUCGUCGCUGCCGGUGCAAGUUUGACCAACAGCCGAAGACGGGGGAACCGGACGAGGAUGAGGGACCCCUGCGACAGUCGAUCCGCCGUUUGUCCACCCGGAUGAGAUGAGCAGCGAGGUGCUCCUCGAGCCGGGACCCCCCACCCCGCGAUCCCACAUGGGGGUCACCCCACCUGCACGGACGGACGGACAGACGGACGCCCACCCCCCCCCAAGUCUGCCCCUCCCCCAAUAAAUGCCGCGCCCCCCCCCCGCCCCCCGCCCGGGCGCGGUUGUGUGAACAACAGGCGUCGGGAGGUGUC